GGCAAGACAUUUUUGGUGGACACACUCUUGGCCUGGCUCAGGAGCAAUGGACACAUUGUUUUGGUGUUUGCACCAACAGGCAUUGCAGCUACCAUUUAUGAGCAUGGCCAGACAGUGCAUUCUCUCUUCUGCAUUCCAGUGAAAGAUGACCACAUUGGUAUUCUCUCUGAAAUCCGAAUACCCUCUGGAUGGGCAGAUCUUAUUCAUGCUGCCAGCUUAAUUGUUUUUGAUGAGAUGCCAGGUGCCAACAAAACAACAGGGGAAGCUAUUGACAUGGUUUGUCAUCAUAUUAUGAGCUGUGACAUCCCUUUUGGUGGUCUUCCAUUUCUUGGCCUUGGAGACUUCCGUCAGCUAGUACCAGUGGUCAAGGGAACAGGUGAAACAGCAGCCCUACAAGCCUCUAUUCUCUCCAGCCCACUCUGGCCUAUGUUUAAGAUUCACCACCUCCAUGCACCAGUGCGCAAUAGAGAUGACCCAGAAUUUUCAGCCUUUGUGGAUUAUAUUGGAGAAGACACCUCUGGAGAAUGA